UUUUGAACUCAUUAUUUCUUUUCUUUUUCCUUUUCUGAAUUGAACUGCUUUAUUCUGAAUUUUGAAGUAAACCAAGACCAAUAUGGUGUCUAAAGUGGAAGAGGCAAUGAAGAGAAGGCAGCAAGAACAAGAACAGAAGCAGCAAUAUCAUCAUCAGCAGCAGCAGAAGCAAAUACAGUGCAACAAAAGCAAGGUUUGCAAAUUCAAGAGGAGCACCUCCAAUGUCGAAGAAGAUGGAGCUUCCACUGCCAUUCUCUUGCUUGCUUGCAUCGUCUGCGCUCCUUCGUAUCCAUAGCUAGUCAGGCUUACAUUUAUAGUUAAAUUAAAUUUCAGCUAAGCUAGUUCCCAUAUAUAUAUGAAGGUUACCUCAAAUCCUUCCCCUUGUUUUUUUUUUCUUUUCAAAUUUUGUACUUUUUACUGUUGUAGUAUGAGUAUGAAUUUCAUUUAGCAUAUUAGUUCUUGUAUUGUAAUUCUUCCUUUGUCUAUAUAUGAAAUUUGAUUAUAUUUAAGCA